GUCCGAAAAUGAAGAACACUAAAUUGGCUGCAAACUUCAAAAUCGCAUAUGCCUUUGUUAUCGGUUUGUCGCUUCUAAUUGCCACAGCGGCCGAAGAUCCAUACAUAUUCUACGAGUGGCACGUAACCUAUGGUACUAUCUCUCCUAUGGGGGUUCAACAACAGGGUAUAUUGAUUAACAAGAUGUUUCCGGGACCUGAAAUACGCUCUGUCACCAAUGAUAAUAUCAUCAUCAACGUGUUCAACGAACUUGAUGAGCCUUUUCUUCUUUCAUGGACCGGGAUACAAAACAGAAAGAACUCGUUCCAAGACGGAGUGUACGGAACGACCUGCCCAAUCCCGCCGGGGAAGAACUACACUUACGCUCUCCAGGUUAAGGAUCAGAUCGGAAGCUUCUAUUACUUCCCAUCGCUUGGCUUUCACAAAGCAGCCGGCGGUUUCGGAGGUAUUCGUAUCUCUAGCCGUCCAAUGAUCCCCGUUCCUUUCCCUCCUCCCGCUGAUGACUACACCGUUCUCAUCGGUGACUGGUACAAGACCGAUCAUAAGGCCUUGAGAGCGCAGCUCGAUAGUGGCGGAAAGCUUCCUCCGCCAGAUGGAAUUCUCAUUAAUGGUCAUAGUAGUGGUGCUGCACUCAACAUUCAACCAGGUAAUACAUAUAGGCUGAGAAUAUCAAAUGUAGGACUGCAAAACUCUCUCAACUUCCGCAUCCAGAACCAUGAGAUGAAGUUGGUUGAAGUCGAAGGGACACACACUCUUCAGAAUGUGUACUCAUCGCUUGAUGUUCACGUUGGUCAGUCUUACUCGGUCCUUAUAACGGCUAACCAGCCUGCAAAAGAUUACUACAUUGUGGUCUCUAGUAGGUUUACCUCAAAUGUCCUCACCACCACCGGCGUUCUCCACUAUAGUAAUUCUGCUGGACCUGUUUCUGGACCUAUCCCUGCUGCACCAGCUCAAUGGAGCUGGUCUUUUAGCCAAGCUCGAACCAUCAGGAAAAACCUUACAGCGAGUGGACCAAGACCAAACCCACAAGGUACAUACCACUAUGGAGCGAUAAAUGUCACAAGAACCAUCAAACUUGUUAACUCUGCUGGACAACUCCAAGGCAAACAACGAUACGCCGUGAACAGCGCAUCAUUUUUUCCAUCAGACACCCCUUUGAAACUAGCGGAUUACUUCAAGAUCAAUGGCGUCUAUAAGCCUGGAAGCAUAUCUGACCAGCCCACAAAUGCACCAAUAUUCCCUGUCACAUCUGUCUUGCAAGCUGAUCACAGAGCCUUUGUGGAGAUUGUCUUUGAGAACUGGGAAAAUAUUGUCCAAAGCUGGCACUUCAACGGUUACUCUUUCUAUGUUGUUGGAAUGGAGGUGGGAAAGUGGAGACCUAGCAGUAGAAAAGUCUAUAAUCUAAACGAUGCAGUCUCACGCUGCACUAUUCAGGUGUAUCCAAGAUCAUGGACUGCAAUAUACGUGGCACUAGACAACGUAGGAAUGUGGAACCUGAGAUCGGAGUUGUGGGAAAGACAAUACUUGGGACAACAGUUAUACGUGCGUGUCUACACAAACUCGACUUCUCUCAGAGAUGAAUAUCAGAUCCCGAAGAACGCUCUUCUAUGCGGUAGGGCCCACCAAGGACAGCUUUUGAGUAGCUUUGAAAACUGAUGAGAGCGAUAGAGAAUCGGUUUAAACCAUUUUCAUGAUGAAUUUCUGACCUUUCCAUGUUCUCUCCCGUUUCUUUCAUCUCUCUGUUGUUUUCUUUUACUCUCUUGAUAAUUUGAUAAAUCUAUUUACAUAAUA